UUUGUUUGUGCCUGUAUUUUUGGGUACUCGUUCCGGUGUGUGUGCGAGGGUGCGAUCGUCUAUCUUUUUGCUUAAUUUUGACUUGGUCGCCUGUUCCCGGCAGCGCAUAGGUGUACUAAUUGAUUGGUCGAGCAAAGUUGUUGACUUUCCUUGCUUAUUGGAUUUGUUGCAUCGAAUAUAUGGUGAAUUUAUAAGGAACUUGUCUCUUUGUUUUCUGUUUCUUGGUUUAUAUUAUGUACAUUGUGAGGAAUAUGUUUGUUUUGCUGAAUUUUUAUUUGUAAUUGGAUCAUACACCUUGUUGGACUGGCCUUGUAAAAUAUAAUGUGUAAUGUGGUGAAUGGCAGCUGGCCUUUAGAAAGCAGGCUUCUGCUGCUCUCUAUCUCUAUUAUUCUUUCCAUUCUCUUUGUUAAUCGGUUGAUGGUUUUGAUAAAUCUUGCUUGGAGUGAUUAAGGGGGCUCACAUUUGAUGAGGCUAAGAAUUCUCUACAUUCAGUGUAUCAAUUACAUCUCCCUUUCUCUUUGUUUAAAAAUUUUGGAUGUGUGCGCUGCGUGCGGAAGCAUGGUUUUGGUAUUAGUUAUAGUUUUUGUUAGUGACGUGUGCAAGUGUAUGAUAUAGUUUGUAGAGGAUGAAUAAGGGACAAUAUAUGAUAAUUGAAGGACAAAGAACAUGGGAUAUGGGAAAUAGUUUCAUUAGUUGGAUAAAAUAAUUUUACAAUAGUUGAAGGAGGUGUUGGUGAGGGAGCAUGAUGUGGUUUUUAUGCUUAGCUCCCACCCAAAACAUGGAGCACUUGCUCCUUUAUAUAAGCUGCCAAAGUCGAUGGAGGAAGUCUCUAGACUUCUCUACAAAUAGCUACUAUUAUUUAAUAGUAACAUAAGAUGGAGUGUUCUAGAACACACAAUAGCUUGUAGACUCUUCUAGAAUUUUUCUUGAAUUUUCUAGCUCAAAUUUAUCUUGAAGUUUCUAGAAUUGGAUCACAAAAUUCCAACACUCUUUUACCGAUGGCAGCGAGCUUCGUAUUCUUGUUAUAGGUGAAGGAACUCGAAAUGCCUUGGCUUUUCUAGAACAGGUCUGAGUCAAAUAGCAAUGCAAUUUGUGGUCUUAGGAUGAGUGUAUCUGAGUUCAAGAGAUGCCUUCCUUGGUUAAUACUGCUCAGUCUGAAGCUUUUGGCGUUUUUGUGGCGCAGAAGUUUUUAAGUAGCUUUGAUGUAUCGGAAGAUGCUUUCUCCUCAUUCCAAGCUCACUUUAACUCUUAGGGGCCACCACCAAAUCAAUCCUUCAUCAGCUGCCACUGCACUGGCUAAGAGACAUGCAGAUGGGUUAUUUCCACUGGAAGACUUCAACAUAGAACUUGAAGAUCAGAGUGGAAAGAAAGUAAAUAUGGGAUCUGAAACUGAUCAGAGGGCUGUGAUGAUGGGCUUGAUGCUUCACUCAAAUGCAAAGCAAUUUAUAAGGAGGCAAAACUAUGAAGAUGCAUUGGAAGUUCUUGCUAUGGGUGAGGUCCGUUACUGGUGCUCUGUGGUUACUUAUGAUAAUCUAAGCACUUUUGGCCUUAUCCAAUACCGAGCUUCAAUGUUUCUUAAUCUGUAACAUGCAUAAUGUGGGAAUUGAGAUAUAUUGUGAGGGAUGUCAUUUUGCAGAAGAGUUUACCAACUGUUCAGAUCAAUAGUUGGUUGCAUAUACUAAAAAAAAGUGGUGCCACCUUGUCCUUUCCCAUUAGAAUGCCAUAACUUGCUACUAAA